CUCAAACCCUCCACCACCCCCCAUUCCCUCGCCCGCCAGCGAUAGAUGAUGCUGAAGCAUCUCAUACACUCGCCCUCAGCACCUUUGAUCCAGCCAUGAGCUCCUCUUUCACCACACUCCUGGCCGUGUACGUCCUCGGGGGGCUAACCUUUGUACCUUUGAUCGCGCUGCUACUGCUACUGCUCGCCUACUACACCUUCCCCGAAGCCGUGCGGCGUGAGCCGCCCGAACCCUCUCUGCAGCGCCCGCUCGAGGAGGACGUGUUUAAGACCGACGACGAGAAGCUGGUGCGGCGGUUGACGAACUCUGUCGACGUGGCCGCGGGCUACUUCCUCGUGACGCGGGAAUGGGUGCCCUCUGGAAUCAACGGAAGGCCCCCGGAGAGAGCUUCGCCCGUCGCUGGGAACGCCGCCCCGCAGCCUACUACGAACCAGAAUAACUCCCCCUCUGUAUACCAGUCCAUGUACCGCAGCUUGUUCGAUAGGAAGUCCAGCAUCGGCGCCGCGGAUGUCGCAAAUAAUCUUAAGCCAAAGGGGAAACGCCCAACUAAUGAGUUCUUUGUCGUGCUGAGACACGGUUACCUCAUGCUCUACGAUGACGAACAGCAAGUCGAGGUUCGCCAUGUCGUGUCCUUAAGUCUCUAUACCGUCAGCAUCUACGGCGGCGGCGAGAUCAUUCCGGAGGGCGAGCUGUAUAUCCGACGGAACGCCAUAUGCCUCACGCGACGACCCGAUACCAUGAAAGCGACGCUCGACGAGAGUGCCGGGCUGCCCUUCUACAUGUUCUCGGAGAACUGCUCCAACAAGGAGGACUUCUAUCUGGCUCUGGUCAAGCACCAAGAGAAGUCGGCCGACGACCCGACGAUACCGCCCAGGCCUCUCCGCUACCGCCAGAAGGAUGUCAUCUCGUUGGUCCAGCGGCUGCAUUCUUCCGAGGACCAGCUGCAGAUGAAUUGGGUCAAUGGCCUGCUCGGGAGGGUGUUCCUGUCGAUCUAUAGGACGCCGGAAGUGGAACAGUUCUUUCGCUCCAAGAUCGUCAAGAAAAUCUCCCGUGUGGCCAAACCGAAUUUCCUGUCCGAUAUCAAGGUGCAGCAUAUAUACGUUGGCGACUCGAUCCCCUAUAUUACCAACCCCCGGCUCAAGGAGAUGACUGCGGACGGUGACUUUUGCUGCGAAUUCGAUGUCACCUACACGGGGAAUUUCAGACUGGAAAUCGCGACAAAGGCGACCAUGAACCUCGGGGCUCGAUUCAAGCCUCGUGAAGUCAACCUGCUCCUUGCCGUGCUGCUGAAGCGACUGGAAGGCCACGGUGUGAUCCGGAUCAAACCCCCGCCGAGUAACAGACUGUGGUUCGCUUUCGAGCGCAUGCCCAAGAUGGAACUGGUGAUCGAGCCCAUCGUAGGAUCGCGACAGGUGGCCUGGGGACCCAUCCUCCGUAUCAUCGAGAGUCGCAUCAGAGAGGUCAUCGAGGAAUCGGUUGUCCUGCCGUACUACGACGAUAUUCCCUUCACCGACACGAUCGACCAGAAGUUCCGCGGAGGAAUAUGGCACACGCACAAGAAAUCGCCGCCGCCCGCUGCCAGGGAAACCGAGAAGGAGCUGGCGGAUAUCGACGAUGUUAACGAGUUGGGGAUGGAUAUGGAUGAACAGCAGCAGACACCAAUUAUACACCUGGAAGCGGCGGGUGAGCCGGCGAUACCCAUGGCAGCACAUAUAGCCACAUCUACCUCCGCUUCCUCGGACGAGACGAGGGCAACCUCCGUGUCCGGACUGGCAGUCGACAACGAUGACAGUUCCCCGCGUCCGUCGCGAACGCCGUCGGUUAAAUCCAAGAAUUCUUCAACGCCGUCGAUAGGCACAGAUGCGAUAAAUGUCACCGCGGUCCGGGACAGAAGCGAUUCCAACACGGAUCCAAACACUGCAAGCUCAGCACUCUCCCGGGCUUCGGCUAGUCCGAAAUCUCCAUCACCGAUAUCACUCGGCCCACCUAGCCGGCUGAAACAUAUUCAACCGCGGGCAGAAUCGUACGGUGAUGAUGAUCUAGCUAGACAGGAAAACUACGAAGGUGCUGGUACCGGUAUUGGUAACAUGACUGGUGGCUCCAUGGAGGGGUUCGGCAACAACUACAACGGACCCAACAAAUUCCUCACGCCGGGCUCUCGCACCUCUACCAACAGCAGCAACAAAGGACCGCUCGACACCAUCGCCGCGAUCGGCACCGCCACCGCAACAAUAAAGAAAUGGUAUUCCACGCGUAAAAACCCCAGCACAUCCACGACGCCCACUUCAGCAACCGAGGAUCAUCCCGCACCUCUCUCCACCAGCACCACCUCCUCGUCCUCGCGCUCCAUGGCACCCGCCAUAAUCCCGCCUCCGCCCAUCAAAAAGCCCACACCCCCCAUCGCCGUCCCCACCAAGCGCCGGAACCUCCCGCCCCCGCUCGUCCCCACCCGGAGAAAAGUCUCGGCGCCCCCGCUCCCGCCGCGCAUCGACAUCCAGGGCCAGAACCAGAGCGAGGUGCUGGUCGUGGCCGCCCCCGGCGGCGACGAGCCGACUACCCCUAGGACCGAUGAGCAGGAGAGACAGUUCGACGAGCUCUUUGGAAGCUCCGAUAGCUCGGGUGGGCAAGAGGGCGUGCCGUGGACGGCCGGCGAGGAGAGGGAGGUGUGGAAUCUUGCUGAGGGGGAGGGCACCGCGAGCGUCAGGAAUAGAAAUAGGAAUAGGAAUGGGAGUAGGAAUACGUGGGGUGGUAGUGGGGCUAGUGGGGCCAGUGGGGCCAGUGGGGAUGAGAGGUAGUUGUUGUGCUGGUGGUGCUGGUGCUGGUGCUGGUGCUGGUGGAGGAGGCAUGUGUACAGUAAUUCCCAAAGUUUCAUUUCCGGUGCGCGUUACGGAUGGAGUUCGUUUACUCUCUUUUUUUACUUUGCUUUUUUGUUUUGGCUUUUAGCUUUUAUGGUUUUAUCUUGUGUGGAGGAUGCAGCGGAUCGGAUGGAUGGAUGGAUCGGAUGGAUGGAUCGGAUGGAUGGUGGAAUCUGGGGUUUUGUUGCUCUCCUUCUCUCCUUCUCUCCUUUUUUUUGCUUUGUGUUUUUGUGUGGUUUUAUAGCUUUGCUCUGCUCGUUGGAUGUGAUUUUUUGUGAGUGGUGAUGGUGGGGAGGGGAGGAUAAUUGUA